GGCUAGAAAUGACUGCUCCUCAAUCAUCACCACAGGGCUGGAGGGACACCUUCAGAUCACCAUGAGGGAGUGUCUCUCCAUUCACAUUGGUCAAGCUGGUGUCCAGAUUGGGGAUGCUUGCUGGGAACUGUAUUGCCUGGAACAUGGAAUCCAGCCAGAUGGCUUUAUUCUGGACAGCCAACACGAUCAUUUGGAAAAUGCUAAGACGGAACAUAGGAGUACAUCUUUAGAUACUUUCUUUGAUGAGACAAGAGCCGGGAAGCAUGUGCCCAGAGCACUUUUCAUGGACCUUGAACCAACUGUUAUAGACGGGAUCCGUGUCGGAAAGUACCACUCACUCUUCCACCCGGAACAGCUUGUGAAUGGAAAAGAAGAUGCGGCAAACAACUACGCACGAGGUCGCUACUCUGCAGAACAAUGCAGUGGACUUCAGGCAAUUUCAAUUUCCCGAAGCUUUGGAGGAGGCACAGGGUCGGGAUUUACAUCUCUCUUGAUGGAGCAACUCUCGGCAGAGUAUUACAGGAAGACAAAAUUGGAGUUCUCUGUCUACCCAUCUCCUAGGCUCUCCACCGCUGUAGUAGAACCUUACAAUGCCAUCCUCACCACCCAUUCUACUAUAGAACACUCAGACUGCACAUUCCUGGUGGACAACGAGGCUCUCUAUGACAUCUGCCGUCACAAGCUUGGUGUCGAACGUCCUUCCUAUGCUAGUAUAAAUAGGUUGAUAGCUCAGGUGUUAUCUUCCAUUACCGCUUCACUCCGCUUUGAAGGGCCUCUGAAUGUGGACUUAAUCGAAUUCCAGACCAAUCUAGUGCCUUAUCCCAGGAUACAUUUCCCCAUCCCAUCCUUUGCCCCCAUCGUCUCUGCUGACAAAGCCUACCAUGAGCAGCUCUCUGUGCCUGACAUCACUGCUGCUUGCUUUGAGUUCUCCAACCAGUUCGUCAAGUGUGAUCCUCGGCUUGGGAAGUACAUGGCUUGCUGCCUACUAUACAGAGGAGAUGUGGUCCCUAAGGAUGUGAAUGCAGCAAUUAUAGCCAUGAAGUCAAGGACCUCUGUUCAGUUUGUUGAUUGGUGUCCAACUGGUUUCAAGGUGGGCAUCAAUCAGCAGCCGCCUACGGCAAUGCCAGGAGGGGAUCUAGCCAGGGUUCAGCGAGCUGUGUGUACGUUGAGCAAUACCACGGCGAUUGUGGAAGCCUGGGCCCGCCUGGACCACAAAUUUGACCUCAUGUAUGCCAAGAAGGCAUUUCUGCACUGGUACAUCAUGGAAGGCAUGGAGCAAGGGGAGUUUAUAGAGGCCAGGGAAGAUCUGGCUGCUCUGGAGAAAGAUUAUGAGGAAGUGGGACUGAGUUUUUGA